AUGAAAUAUUCAGAUUGUUCAACUUAUGACCCAUGUGGUCCAUAUGGCUAUUGUCAAGAUAAUAUCGAUGGUAAUUGGGAAUGUCAAUGCAAAUUUUGGUGGAUUGGAACGUUUUGCAAUCAACAAUCUAGUAGUGGUAUUCAAGUAAUAACACUUGGUAUUUUAUCAGGUAUCCUGAUAAUUGUGUUCCAUGGCCUUUCUACUUAUUUUUCAAUAUAUAAGAAAAAGCAACAUAGACAAGAAGAAACAGAAAAAGCUAAGCAAAAUGAUUUAUCUAAUCCAACACGGAUACAUAUGGCAUUCACUAAUGUAAAAGAAUCAGCUCGUUUUUCGUCUUUUUUUAUUGCUAUUUUGAUGUUAAUAAUAACAGUAACAGGAUUAAUUGUAAAAUGGUCCCUUUUACGACCAAUUCAUAAUGAAUUAGUUAAUAAAUAUAAACGAGCAGAUUUAUUAUUUUAUGAAAGAAAUUCAAUAUGCACUUUUAUCGAUUUGGAAGAUUUCAAUAUGUUAACAUUUCCAGUAGCAUGUUUUUUUUUGUUGAUUUUCAUUAUUUUUUCAAAACGAACAUCAUGCAUGAAGCAGAAAUUAAAUGGACAUGUUGCACCUAUAGUACCAAUUGAUUUUUAUGUACAUAUAAAAAGAAAAUUUGCUGCUGUUGUAUUUGCUAUUAUUUCUGAUGAACUUUUGGAUAUUGUUAAUCAAGUUAUUAAUGGAAAUACACCAAAAGGAGAAGGUGUCAUUGUGGUUUAUUUAUUACGAAUAUUAAAAGUAUUAUUUAUUGGUUUUCGUUAUUAUCCUAUAUUAUCUGCUGUUUAUAUCGAUUCAAUUCUAACGCUUGCAUGUGCUACACUGUAUGCUUGGUUCGAUUUUAGUAUUUCAAUAGUUUAUCAAGGUUUAUGUCAAAGUGAUUUUUAUCCAUCAGAUGAUAAUUUUGAUGAAACAAAUGGAACAGAUAUUGCACGAUUAUUUGAAUAUUAUGGCACAGGUCAAAAUUUAAUAAUCAUUCAAUUAUUUACAGAUAUUCCUCGAUAUCUCUGUUGGUCAUAUAUACUUGUGAAAUUACCAAUUUCAUUAAUAAACAAAAUUGUUCAGAUAAGAAAACAUACAAAUGAAGAUCAAGCCAAACAUUUACAUUUAACAAGAGAAGAAAAAAUUCUUUUACAUUCAUCAACUAUUUAUUCUGUUGACAUAUCUUAUGUACGAAAUCUUUUUCGACCAAUUCAUCAACGUAUAACUAGUCGUUUAUUUUUGGCACAUUUAAUACCAAAAUUCAUCUAUCAAUGGCGUGAUGAUUUUCGUUUUUCAUCACGUAUACUUUGUGUUUAUUCAUCAACAUUUCUUCUUUUAUUUUUUAUGACAAUUCAAGCAUGUAUACUUGUUAUACCAUAUUUAGAUGAACUACAAUAUUCAUUGCAACAAUUAAUUGAUCAAAUAUUAACAUCAAGCGAUCAACAAAACAAACAAAGUAAAUUUCCAUUGCCAAAUUUUGUUCGUCCAUAUGUUUUUGCUAUAUUAACAGCAUUAAUAGUAACAAUAAUUCAAUUAUUAGUUUUAUUGACAAAUAUUCGACGGAAUUUAUUUCAAAUAUUUCGUGGUGAUGAUUCAGAAAUUCCAAAAAGGGAUAAAUCAAAAUAUCUUAGUUACAGUACAGGUAAUUUUCAUUUUGCUGGUUUUUUCAUUGGUUAUCUUACAUGGGGUUAUGUUUUAAUUGCUCUAUUUGCAUUGAUUAUUUAUAUAUCUAUUGAUGCUUUUAUCACAUUUGGUAGUGUUAAACUUCUUGAAAAAAUUCUUAAAAUUAUAAUACCAAUAUUAUUAUUAAUUUUAUUUAAAAUGUAUCUUAAUAAAUUAUUAGCAAGAUAUGUUUUUUUACAAUAUCAUGGAGAUAUAUUAGCAAUAAAUAAUCGACGAGUACUAAUGAUAUUUUUAUAUUUCAACUUUUUUCUGGAUUCAUUUCUUGGUUUUAUAUCAUCAAUAAUACGUAUUAUUAAAAGUAUUAUUGGUGGAUGUUUAUAUAUGUCUCGUCUUGAUUAUUCGCCAAUGGGUAGAAAACUUGAAACAUUCGAUGCAGGUUUUUCAGCCUAUUGUGGUUUUAUUCAUAUGGAAGCUGUACAUCGAAAUCCGAUUAUGUUAGUCACUGCAAGUUAUUUAUAUAGACGCAUGAAAGUCAAACAGUAUAUGACUAAAAAUCUUAUGAUGAUGAAAAAUGAUAACAAAAGUUCCAAAGAUUAUUCAUCAAAGGCAAUUCAAAAAUGGUAUUUAGCAGUACUUUUAUUACGAAAUCCAUCAUUAGUAUUCUUAAGAAAACAUGCUCUUUCUCAAAUUGAGAAUAAGAAACUGAAAACUUUGAAUGAAAUCAACAGAAGACAAUCGAAUAUUCAAGAAACAUUUCGUCGAUCAAGUCUUGUUUCAGAGAUUGAUUUGUAA